AUGCCGGGGCUGUGCGUCGGUUUGCUGGGAUCUCACUCUUGCCUUGUCUUCCUCUCCCAAACCCACCAGGCAAUACCGCCCAGCACCUCCGUGGCGGGCAUCUACUGUGCCGUGGUGGCCGUGUUCUUCACCAUGGUCAAGUCCAUCAACUACCGGCUGCACGCCAUGUUUGACCAGGGCGAGAUCGUGGAGCAGCGGAACCCGUCGCUGGCCGCCGAAGGCAGCAAGUUGGAAGAGGGCGAGCUCGCCGGAGGCGGCGGAGCCGGUGGCAGCGGCGAGGACAGCAGCAUCAGGGACCCAGGGGGAGGAGUGGAGAUGACGGUCUUUCGAAAGGCGAACACCACCCCGCCCGUGCGUUGCAGCUCGCAGCAUUCCGUCUUCGGCUUCAACCAAGUCUCGGAACUGCUGCCUCAGCUGGAGGAUAGCGGAGCGUCUAAAGGUAUCAGAGAUCUGGUCCGUGAGCAAGGCAGCAAGAACGUCAUUGUCACGUCAGCCGACAGGGAGUUACUGAAGCUGAACACGCUGGACACAGCAGAUGCGCAGAUGGCCAAGGAGUGCCUGUUGCUGCCCGAGCCGUGCCAGGCGGACACUGGCGGGGUGGCCAAGCGACUGCCCCCGCUGCCCAUGGCCCUGGCGUAUCGCCCGGAGUCUGCCCCGUCUCCCUCGCCCACUGCCGGCCCCCCGUGCCAGCCCGGCCUGCUGGAGCCCGUCGAGGCCUGGCAGCCCGAGAGCCUGUGCGACCCGCUGCUGGGGCCCCAGUCCCGGGAUCCGGCCCACGGCGCCAGGCACGCGGGGACCGGCUCCACCGACAGCUGCUUCAGCGCCGCCGGCCGCGAGUCGCCCAGCACUGCCGGCAGCUGCCGCAGCGAGAAGACCAGCUCCACCCGGCUGGAGAGCCCUUCGCAGGCCUUGCCGGGCGGAGGGGCUGGUGGAGACUCGACCCCGGGGGGGCCGCGGGCCAGGGAGGGGAGCGACACGGACGUCCCGUCUGACCCCGAGACCACCCCCGUCCCGGCCGACCCCCUCACCUCCUGGCUGCCCGCGGCCGAGCCCGCCGUCUCUGACCAAGCCGUCCGGCCCAAGGACCUGAAGCUGGUCCGUCGCCGGGGAUCGGCCAGGAAGAAGCUGGGCAGGCGGCGAGCCGGCGGGAGCUACGACCGUCGCCGGGACCCCCCCCGCCGGGGACGGGCCGCCCCUUCGCCGACGGCUUCUUCGAGGACGGGGAUUCCAGCGACGGCAGCGACGCCUCCAGCCUGCGCUCGCAGCCGCGCUACAGCAGCUGUCCAGCUCGUCCAGCGCCACCUCCCGCUCCUGCUCGCCGGCCGGGCCGGGGCACAGACGCAGGCCGGCCCGACCCCAACCCCAGCCCCAACCCCAACCCCAGCCCCAGCCGGCCGGAGAGGGGACGGCGACAAAGCCCCAGCCGCGGCCUCCCAGCACCGGCACCGGCGGGGGGGAGGGGAGCAGCCGGCCGCGGGCGGAGGCAGCACCCGCACGCUGACCGCCUCCAAGUCGGACCUGGAGGCCCGGGACGGCGAUCCCAGGGGCCGCGAACGCUUCGCCCAGCGGCUGGAGUCCGUCGGCAGCGCCUGGAGCCACUCGGUCAGCACCGUCGGCUGGGCCAUCUCUCUCUCCAGCGAGGGGGCUGUCGGAGGAGCCCCCGUGCCCGAUGACGUGGCGAAGCGGGAGCUCAGCAGCAGCGUGAAGAGGACGCAGGCGAUGAGGAGACGGCACAACGCCGGCAGCAACCCCACGCCACCACCGUCCAUCAUGGGCUCCCCACUCGGCAUCCAGGACAUCCAGCGUAACCGUGCAGCCUCCCAGUCGCGGACUCUGGCCCUGCCGGCAGCGCUGCAGUUCGCCAGCUCGCUGCUCCUACCCCGGGGCCCCAUGCACGAGGCUUCCAACUUCGACGACACCUCGGAGGGAGCCAUUCACUACUUCUACGACGAAUCUGGAGUCCGCAGAUCCUACACGUUUGGCCCGACGGGAGGCGGCUACGAGAACCCAGUGGGGCAGCAAGUGAGCCUGGAGCACAUCAAUAACAAUGCAUGGGAUCAUCAUUCGCACUCGUCCAGCUUCACGUCCGCCGACGCACCGGACGGGAUCCCGGCAUUGCCGCUCCUCCAGCCACGGCCCGUGGUCCUCCAGGGAAUGCAGGUCCGCCGGGUGCCGAUGGAGAUUCCGGAGUUGGAUUUUCUGGAUCAGGAGUCGCUCCACGAGUCGCAGGAGAACACGCUGAUGAUCGAGGAGAAGAGCCGGAGUAAGCAGUACUACAAGUUCUGGCUGCUGCCCUGGAAGUGGACGCGGAUCCGCUACGAUCGACUGGCCUUGCUCGCUCUGCUGGACAGAAACCGGCAGGCCUUGGAGAAUGUGGUGGCUGUCGGACUGGCGGCGUUGGUGGCUUUCCUGGGCUUCAUGCUGCUGCUGGAGGGCUUCUUCCGCGACAUCUGGGUCUUCCAGUUCUGCCUGGUCAUCGCCAGCUGCCAGUACUCGCUGCUGAAGAGCGUUCAGCCUGAUGCAGCCUCUCCCAUGCACGGCCACAACUGGAUCAUCGCCUACAGCAGGCCCGUCUACUUCUGCCUGUGCUGCGCACUGAUCUGGCUCUCCGACUUUGCCAGCCAGAGCACCCACCUGCAGCCCAUCAGCCUGUACGGCAUCACCCUCUUCUCAGCCCAGUCCUUUGCUUGUGCCCGGGACGUGGUAGUCGUAUUCACCCUGUGUUUCCCCGCCAUUUUCCUGCUGGGCCUCAUGCCUCAAGUCAACACCUUCUUCAUGUACCUGUUGGAGCAGCUGGACAUGCACGCGUUCGGGGGCACUGGUAGGUUGAGACACACAUACCGACUGCAGCCACGAUGAAGCCGAAUUUUAGUUAAAAACAUAAGAAGAUAUUAAAUUGGCUUCUGGGCUAGCUUACAGCUUAUAUUCGGUGUCAAAUUAGGCUUUCCUCAGGCUGCGGUGUGUGUGAGAUAAAAAAUACUAUAACAUUGUCUCCCAAGUGACAGGCAGAGAAGGAGCUAGAGAGAUAUCUUUGAAGUAAGAUGCCAUAAACCAAAUGGCCAAUGUUUAUGGGGGAGGAGGCAAUAAAGGAAGAGAGAAAUAGCCAGUCACAUCUUUGUAAACAAAUGGCCUAUGUUUAUGAGGG